AUGGAGCCCGAGAUCAAGCAAGCAACAGAACUUCUGCAAGCCCAGAGGGCUGUCCACCGUGACGGCCAGCCGCUCUCCUGGGUUCGCAACCGGAUAUCCUCACAAGCCGGCACAGUUUACACAGCCCGCGAAGUCAACAAGGUCCUCGCUGAGGUCGUCGAGUCCAACGGCUCGGUCGGCGUGGUGAAGGCGCUUUUGGCUCUCGGGGCCGACGUCAACUUUGCGCGGACCCGACACUCUACGACCUGGAACAAGUUCACGCAACGCAACGUCCCCGGCGAGCGGAACAACAUCCUCCUCCGCGCCGUGAUCCGAUGCCGACCCGAGACGGUCCACGCGAUCGCAGCCCAUGCCGAUCAGCUCAAUCUCGACAGCGUCCUCCACGAUGCCAUCGUCCGGGGCGACCUGGCCGUUGUCGCCGCGCUGCUGGAACAUGGCGCCAGUCCUGUGGGACUCCACGACGACUUCCAAGAGAUUGUUUACCACAACCGCCUCGACCUCAUCAAGCUCCUCCUUUCUGGACACCACCUCCCCUGCUUGUCUUGCCGCUCCACGGGCCUUAGGAUAGCCGUGGAGAACCGCUCGGUCGAGGUUGUGCGCCUGCUGCUGGAACACUGGGCAGAUGUCAACUAUGGGGAUGCUGUCGCGCUAACCAGGGCCGUCGAGAUUUCCCGGCCGGACCUUGUCGCUCUUCUCCUCUCCGGCUCCGUACAGGCGUCAUCCCGCUCUCUCGAUGCGGCGAUCGGCAAACUCCGACCACUCCUCGGCGACUACGACACCAGCGUCAACCGCGAGAUGCUCGAACUGUGCCUGGCGUCCGGGGCCAAGGGCCCCGAAACGAACAAGCUCGUUACAGAGGGGCUGGUGGAGCUGGUUAGGAAACGGCACAUCCAGCUCAUCACCAUCAUCCUACGAUACAAGAAGGCCCCCGGUCAGUUCGAGGCAGCAGCGCUGAUCGAAGCCGUGCGGGCUGAGCAACUCAACAUCAUCUCGACCCUCCUCGAGUUCAAGCCGUCGUCUAACAGCCUCGCCAUCGCCAUCUCACAGACAGUCAGCGUCGGCAGCCCGCAGUUCCGCUACGAAGCCACCCGUCUCUUGAUCCAAUGCGGCGCUCGCGGCCAGUGUGCGGCCGAGGCGUUGGUCAAGACGGUACAUUGUCUCGUGGCCAACCUCCGGCGGGGGGACAAGUUGGGGAUUGAGCGGGACAUGCGGCUAUUUCAUCUACUUCUGCAUGAAGGGAAGGCGGAUGUGAAUUUCGGAAAGGGAGAUGCCCUGCAGAUUGCCGUGCGGUCGGGAUGUGUAGAGGUGGUCGAGGAGAUCUUGGCCAAGGAACCUUCGCCGGAGUCGUUGGGCGUGGCGUUGGGCUGGGCGAUGGAGGUUAAGGAUAGCAAGAAGAAGAAGCAGCUGGUUGAGAUGCUUGUCCGGCGGAAGGUUAACGAGGAUGCGGCUGGGAAGGCGUUGGUUGCUGCUUUCAAGAGCGAACCUGACAAUGCGGAGGUCGUGGAAUUGCUUUUGACCCGCGGGUCUGUCAACUACAACAACGGCGAGGUCUUCGUUUACGCCAUCCGCAACUUCCGCCCGGAUACCUUCCACCUGCUACUCGGCCAGGGCCUCAGCUACAAAGCCCUUUUCACGGCCGUCAUGGAAGCGCUAAACGCCCCCCGUGCAAACCGACGGGCCCUAUUUAGCGACCUCCUAAGCCGGCUGCAGACCGAUCACCUCAACACAGCGCUGAAGAACGUGGUGUUGGAGGAGGAGACAGACGUGGCCAUGGUACGAAUGCUGCUUGACGCAGGCGCCGAAGCCACACAUGAGGACGGGCUGUGCAUCAAGCACGCCGCAUCGACCCUCGACCGGGAGCUCCUCAGCAUCCUGUCGCAGUAUCUGGGCCACCACAGCAGCAUCUACAGCCAGGCGCUAGCAUCCAUCGUCAACCGCAACAAGAUGUGGAUCGCCUUCGAGCACGUCGAGCUCAUCGACAUCCUGCUCCGUCACGGCGCGUCGGGGACGAUAGCGGGUAAAGCCAUGCUGGAGAUUGUCGACCAUCUCGCCUGUCGGGAGCCGGAGCGUAACCUCGCCGAAACGCUACUGCGUCGCCUGUUUGUCGCUAAAGUCGACGUCAACCAGGAAAACGGCAAAGCGCUCAGCAUCGCGGCCAGCCGAGGCGACCCUUUCCUGCUUACGCUGCUGCUCAACAACGGGGCGACUGCCUCGUCGUCUACGCUUGCUCUCACGGCGGCCAUCAUGGCACAUCACCAGGAAGACCUACUGCUGCAGCUGGUCGGUAUCUUCUCCACGCAGGUCGCGGCCGCGCCGGACUUUAACAAGUCCAUCCCUGGUAUGCCGCCGCCGAUCUUCCAGUGUCUCAAGUCGUACGGCCACUCGGUUACGGUUCUUGAUUGUCUCGUGCAGGCCGGGUGCAAGCUCUCGACGACUGUACCUAUGCAUGUGUUUGCUCGUAGUAAGCGCGAUGGGGACAACCGCGUUGCUAGCUCGGAACUUGAGCCGGCAUCUGUUCUUAUGUGGGUGUUGCUGCAGGAGGAGGGGGUUAUCGGUCUGUCUGUGCUCGAGGCGCUGAUUCAUCAUGGUGCGGACAUCUCGUACACCACACCAAAAUCCCGGACAACGCCGCUGUUGCUGGCCGCAAAAUCUGGAACGGUCGCCGUGGUGAAGAUGCUGAUCGAGGCCGGCGCCAAGGUUUCGACCAAGGACAAGCUUGGCCACUCUGCACUCUUCUAUGCCUCGCGCGCUGGGAACACGGAGCUCGUGGAACUCCUGCUGGAGAGCCGUCCGGCGGUGAACGAUGGCAGCCUGCACGAAGCCUCGCGAGGGUUCCACGUCCAAGUGAUGCAGCUCCUGCUGGAAGCCGGGCACGAUCCCAACUUCCGGUCGACGAAGCACGGCGGACGCACCGCACUGGGCGAGAUUGCACUCAAGGCCACGCCCCCGACAGACAUCGCGGCGGCAGAGGAAUCGCUCGAUCUUCUCAACGCUGCAGAAGCAAGCCCGCUGCUCAAGGUCCAGGGCAAGACCGUCAUCUUCCUCGCACUGGACAACGAGCACAACGAGACCAUCACCCGCCUCCUCCUGGACCGCAUGUUGUACCGUACGCUCAACAGCCACGAGAAUACCUACCAACACGGCGCGCUGCACUAUUCACCCACCAUGUACGUCGUCAAGGGCGUCCUCCUCGGCCCUCCCUCCGACGCCCUGCUCCAACUCCUCAUGGCUCACGGCUGCGACGACCGCUUCUACGCUACCAUCGAAGAAACCCAACCGCAUGACGCCGUCGGCCUACCCGAAGAAAUCCGCGACUACGAACGCGACCGGCGCGCACGCGAGCGCCAGAACCGCUUUGUCGAAGAAGACCACGCCAAUACGAUCCGCCGCGAGCGUGAAAAAGCCAUCGCCCUCGCCCAGCUCCAGGAUGACAGCCUCGCCCGGACCCUCUCCCAACGUGAAGCUCUCUCCCAACAAACCCGCCGCCACCGUGGCCUCGACCACACGCAAAGCAUCCAAAUGCGCGCCGAGCAACACCACACCGACGCGCAAAUCCAACUCUCCUCCGCCAACGUCGACUCCACCAUCCGCCGCCACCACCACGCCGACACUCUCGCCAUGGCUGCUGAACAUCACGCCGCCAACCUAGCCAUGGGUACUGACUACCACACCGCCACCAUUAACCACCGCCGCGACCACAUCGCCCUCACCGCGACCGCCACCGACCUCCGUAACGCGACCUCCCUCGCCCACCUCCAAUCCCUCCACGCCGCACAACACGCAGCGCGUGACGCCGCACAGGGCCAGCAACUAACAUACGAAAAUAAAAAGCUCAUCCAAGAAUACGAGCACGCCCAACGCCGUCGGCAACUAGAGCAGGAAGCAUGGGACAAGAAGCGGGCGCUGGACCAGGAGGCGUGGGAGAAGAAGCGGGACGUGAAACUCGCCGGCGCGCGGGAGAAGCAUGACAUGAAGAUGACCGAGUUGCGGACGCACAGGGGGAAUGUGAUUGGACAGGUGAAUCUGGAGGAGUUGAGGAAGUGGCAGGCGACUGAUAGGGGGGCAGCCACGCUGGAGGCGGGGAAGAAGUUGUUGGAUUAG